CUUCCUCGCGGUCCCGCCAUCUGCAGAGUCGAAAACUGUGUGGAAGAUUGUAGCGAAUUUUUACAAUAGAAAUCAUCUUUAAGCGAUCAUGAGUGAUCUUGAUGAUAGAGAUGGUUCCGAAGAAAAGGUAAGUAGAGUGUUAGCUUGGUUGAGUGCGUAAGUCACAAACAAGUUUUUAGGGUAGUUUGAAUGGCUCGUUAAAUUUCGUCGCUCGUGUUGUUUGAAUGAACUGCAUUUUUCCUAAUUCUGCAUGUGUUUGCUUAAAUCCACUGCAGUAGCAUACUCUAUGAACAUUUAUUUUGAGUGUGCCCUCGAUUCAAUUUAAUUUGACUCUGUGCUAGUAUGUUUCUGUAGCUUGCCUGUAUGGGAACUUACAAAUAAAUCCUCGUGGACUUUUAGCCAUGUGUGAAGCUUAGUACAUUGGGAACUUUGAUGGGUAGAACACGAUUUGCAUUACUUCAGCUCCGUCAGCCCUUUACACCCUAAAAUCAAUAAGCAUAUUCUCCUUACUAUUAUCUAAACAUUUCCUAUGGUACCAACAGGAAGAAUUUGUUUGACUAUCAAGAGCUUCUUUAUUCAGCAGUUAUUUCCCAUUUUCUCAGUGUUUGAUUCAGGGGUAAUUCUAACUGUAACAAUUAAUUUGAUGUGAGAUACUCCUUGGGUUUAAAAGUUAAGGGAAGGUCAGGCUUUAUUUUUUUUGUUUAGUCUUUUCAUUGUGCUUGGCAGUGAGUGGUCUUCAACAGCUGAACAUUGUUCAAAAUAUGGCAAUGUUCAAUUGGUCAACCUCAUUAACUGGAGCAUAUAAACAAUGAGCAGCUGACAAUAUUGCAACAUUUUAUGGAAGAGAUAAGGGAUCAUGUAUUAUUACUUGAGUAUUGAAUGAGAAUGAAAAACCAGGGCUGUUCUUUAUCAUUCUAUAGUUAUGUUAUGAUUAUAUUUUGAAAGUUGUGUUGUGUUCAACAGGAUGUAAGUGACAGAGAUGACGAGCAAGGUGCUGACUACAAUGGUGCAGGCUCAAGAUCAGCUUCACGCUCCAGAUCUCGCUCCAAGUCUCGUUCAAGAUCUCGUUCAAGAUCCCGCUCAGCAUCUCGGUCUCGAUCAAGAUCACGUUCUGGGUCACGUUACUCAAGAGAUCGAUCAAGGUCACGAAGUAGGAGCCGUUCACGUCGUAGACGCCGCUCGCCUUCCCGCAGCAGGUCAAGGUCCCGUUCACACACUAGGAAAAGGAGAAAGUCCAGAUCUCACUCUCGCAGCCCCUAUCACUACAGACACAAAAGGUAACUGGUGCAGUACAUCGUAAUUUCAGAAAAGUAACUUGCUCUUCCAGAAGCAGCUAUUUUGUCAAGGAAGCUAUCAGAAGAUGUUGUAAGAAAAUGGGCCAAGGAGACAUUGAUAUGAGUUUCAUUCAGAGGUAGAUUUAUGGUGGUCAAGUUUGACUUAGAAUUUGGUUCAGCCUUGCUCUCAAAGAAUUCCCAUAUCUCUUUUCUUUUUUUAGGUUUUUCUUUAUGAGAUAAAUGUUGGCAAAUAUGUAAAAAGUGCCUUUGAGCACAGAUUUUUCUCAUAUUUGUAACAAUACAUGUACAUCUUCUCUUUUAAAAUCUAGAUCAAGGAGUGUUUCACCUCUCUCUUCAAGGAAGCGUCAUGUUGGAAGCCGGGUAAACUAAUUUUCAAAUUUUUUUCUGAGAGAAGUUUUGCUUUUUAUUGUUGAGUUCUUAGUGGGAUGGCUUAAGGAUUUUUCAGUGUGGGUCCUGGUGCCAUCCUAUUUGUGUGAAUUGGGGACCCAAACAUUUUUCCACAGGGCAGGAAGGGAAGGGGUUUUAUACUCUGUGUGACUUUCUCCUUGAAUAAACUGGUUUUGGUGCUAUGAAUAAGAGAGACCUAGCAGAAAAUUCCAUCUCCCAGUCACUGUCUUAGGAAAUGUAUGUAGAACAGUUUGGAGGAUUUACAUACUGAUGUUAGGGUCUUAAGGCAUAAGACAGUGCUGAGCUUGUAUCAACCUUAAGAACCACAAUGAUGUAUUCAUUUUCAACAGUUUAAUUACAUUAAUGUCAUGAACAUUAAAAAAAGAAAACUGUUAACCUUUUUGAAGCAAAUGUACUGAAUUAUUAAAGGAACACAGUACACAUUAUGAAUUUGGUUAUAUUUCUUCCUUAAUGUGUUUGCAUAACAUGCAUAAUUUCUGUGCUAAUGCAAUUUCUGGCUUAUCAUUUGUUUGCUUUUGUUAGGAUAACCCAGAAGCCAGUAACUGUCUUGGAAUUUUUGGAUUAAGCUUGUACACUACUGAAAGAGAUUUGCGACAGUACUUUGAGAAGUAUGGCAGUGUUGAGAGUAUCCAGAUUGUUUAUGAUCGUCAGGUAGGAAACUUUGAUCUGUGUCAAAUAUAGAGCAGGGUUGUCAUGAGGAGGCAUCAGGCAGCAGGAGCCUGCAGGCUGUUACACCAUCUUAAAAAAAAAAAAAGACAAGAAGAGUAAAGUGAGUCCAAAAAAAAACAAGACAAAACAGAUGUAGACUGUUGUAACUUUUGUUGGAUGUCCACAAGACUGAAGAAAGGUUUUCUUACACACAUUAUUACAAAUCUCUGCUGCUUUUUUUAAUUUCCACAGACUGGGAGGUCAAGAGGCUUUGGAUUUGUCUACUAUGAAAGUAGUGAUGAUGCAAGAGAGGUUAGUUACUUAACUGUGACAAUUUCUUUGAAGUCACAGGGGAUUCUUGCAAUCUGAUUACCUUUUUAACAGUAUAGUUAAUUACUGAAUCACGCUUUUUUUGAGCUAAACUGCAAUUUAUUUUCUGUAGUGGUGGUGCAUGAAGGAUCUUAUUGCUAAUCGCUAAUACUCCAAAACAGUUCAACAGCUUACCAAGAUGACUCCUUAUGGAUGUGCUCACUUUUUUUGCACCCCCAGGCAAAGCAGUGUACCAAUGGUUUAGAAAUUGACAGUCGGCGCAUUCGUGUCGACUACUCCAUUACUAAAAGAGCCCACACACCCACUCCAGGAGUUUAUAUGGGGAAAGCAACACAGUGAGUCUAAUUUGUUCAUAUUUCACCAAUUUCACCCAGUAGUACAUUUAUAAAAAAUUGUAACAAAUGUGUCAAUGUACCAUAGACAGUUUAUUGAGAGAUUAUAAGCCGGUAAAGAAAUAAUGAUCAAAUCCUUCUCUUGUGCUCUUCAUGGUUUUUUGUUUUGUUUUUGUGUUUUUAUUGGGGGAGUGGGUGGGUGCUUAUUUGAUGCUGGGUGCUUACUGGUAAUCAAACAAAAACAGUAAGCCCCCCCCUCUAAGAAGUCCACUCAUUCCACCAUGUGUUAAGUCCCCUUUUUGGAAAUUCUAUAAAUUAAGAGGAGGUGCACCUCUGAGGGUGUAUCACAGCAUUUCCAGUAACUUCUCUUCACCAGCUUCAUACUUACAUAUUCCCUAAUUUUUUUUCAAGGCACCGAAACUAUCGUAAGAGUAACUAUGAUGACUACCCUCGGGACAGGGAAUAUUAUUCAAGGGACAGUCAUCGUCAUAGAGAUUACUAUGGUAGUGGUGGUGGAUAUCGCUCCCGCUCUAACUCACCAAGGGGUAAGUUUUGGUAAUAAAUUUCUUCGGUGGCAUUACUCCCAUGUCCUGUCCACUUUGGAAAUAACAGUAUUUUAAUAGAAAACAUAUCGUGAUACCAAGACAAAGAAGCUAGAGUGAUUAUAUCUGCACACUGCACAGUUUUGUGCUUAGAUGUACAUGUUUGUGAUGAUAAGUGAUGGCAAUAUCUUGACACUUUGAGACACAAGAAUUAUCUUUGAAUAAAAAAAAAUGACUGUUGACCAGGUGAGACAGACAUUUCAGGUAUUUUAUGGUGUUAAUAAGGCAUCAUAGGUUGGAGAAUUAUCUCCCCCUACAGUAAUGAUAUAUACAUUAUCAAGAAGAGUAAUGAGAAGACAAAAAGCUAGUGUGUAAGUUUGAAUGAUUUAAUAUAAAAUUCUCGCGGCACAAUUUACACUGAAUGUAUGGAUGACAGUAUGGAGAAUUUAUAAAUUAAUCUUGGGAGCAACAUGGUGAGAGUCUUCAGCUGGAACAGGCCAAUGUCUAAUUUGCUUAGAAUUUAAUCUGACUGAAAGUUUUAUGCUCCACAGGUCGUUACUGAAUCGAGUGAUGCAAGCUGAGUGACAUUGUGUUGACAAAGCCUGUAUGCUGGCAGGCUAUAACUCUAUCUAACGCGAUAUUAUAUACAACUUAGGCAGGGAUGAUGUUCUGAAGACCAGACAAUUUAUGUAGGAUAUAUCGAGGAUAUGUGUCAUCACUUUUAGAUACCAUUGGCCAGUAACACGAGCUGGGUUGAUUAGAGGUUGAUAGUCAGGAAUUGAAUAAGCAUCGAGUGAUUGUAGCACCCGAAAAUAUUGUUUUACAUACUGUCCUUGUGCACUACACUAAAAGCACGUCGAGCAACUGUGAGUUAAAUCUUUGUAGGAAUUUGUUUUUAAGUUUUUUUGUUUUGCCUUUUUUAACUCUGUCAAUCAAACUGUUUAGUGACGCAAGUACUGGAAGAGGACACAAGUUUGAAGUGAUUCUUGGUUCAAGUUUGCUAUCGCUCAUGUAAUUCUGAUAUCCAGAAGAUUGCAUCAUUGUUAACAUGUGAGAUCAGUAGUACAACGAACUUAUUUUAUUCUCUCAUUUUUAAGGCGCUUUCCGAACGCAUUUAAGACGCGCUGCACAUUCAUCGAACCCUGCGAAGGCGCGUUCCAAACGCAAUCUGAAAAUGACAUUUGAUAGUUUAGCUUAAUCAGCACUCUGAUUUAGAUGGACCCUGCAAUUUAGCAUUUUGUUGGUUUCAUUAACCGAAGUCACCGAAAUUUCACCAGAGCAUCUUGGUAUUGUAAAUAUGUCAGUGCUCUUCACGUGUGAGUGACUAAGAUGUGCCACUUUUUGGGUUGACUUUCUAAGGCGUGUUUCACGCAGUAUUUUAGUCAGUUUUUAGCGAAAUAAAGUGCAAUAUUUAGUUCGCUUGUCGAUGUUAACUUAGUUCUGUUUUGCGACAGGGUAGAAACAAGCAUGAAAAAUGAAGAUUUCGAAGAGCGAAGACUCCUAUCGCGAAAUUUGCAAGUAGUGCAAGACAGAAGAAUUAUCGAAGAUUGAAGCGAAUAAAUUCAGUUAGAAAAGAUGGGAGAAAAUGAAGAUGAAAAGGGAAGAUCGGGGAAAAGAAGGGAAAAGAAAGCGAAGAUCGAUUCGCAGAGAGAAUGAAGUAAGAAAGAGGGGAAGUUUUGAAGAAAGAAGCCAGGUUGUGUAAAGAGAAAGAAAGAAAAAUUUGUGAAGAAAAUGAAGUUGAAGAAGAAAUGAAGACAGGAAGAAACUUCCUGAAAAACGCCUCAAAGAAACCGAAAAUUGACCAAACGUUCGAGAAGUAAAAUGAAGAUUUUCUGUUGAAAGAAAAAUACAAAAUACAGGCGAAUCACGAGAGCCAGCGAUUUGAAGAAUGACUGAAGAGAGAAUUUGAUUUCUUGCAGGUAAGGAGCAAAAUUCAACGCUUUCAAUUUUGCUGAAAUUAUAUUCUUGAAUGAAAAAAAAGCACCGGGAGAGUUUAAUUUUUUAUCUUUGAAGAAAUUUCCGAUUUUGGACUUCGAGCGAAAAGGACCGGUUUUUUGGAAACGAACUUUCCUCAUCUUUCGAAAUAAUUAUUCGGUUCCAGCAAGCAACGUCCUUUCCUAACACUAAUUUUUUGUACCGUCUUCAUGGGUUGAUUACAGUUGAAAAAUUCGACGCUGUUGUAUUUUAGGGUUUGUUUGUAGGGUGGUUAAGUAUGAAUACAUUUACUUGUCUUCUGUGCAGCCAUGGGUUGGUAUUGUCACGCGAGUGGGUUGCGUGACAAUACCAAAUCAACAGCUGCGUGUAAUGCCUCGUGUAUGCGUAGUUUGAAUUACAGAUAUCUUUUUUACUCACGCUAAGGAGGGACUGGAAGUGUCUGAAAAUUUGGUUACGUAAGGCUUCCCGCGAUGUCAGUGGUCAUGCUUUUAACUACGCCGUGAUCUUGGUCUUGAUGAUUGAAGAUUGUUGCAUGACUACAAUCUACAAAUUGUUUGUGCGCAUGGAAUACCACUG